AUGUGGCUUCACCCGGAGGAAGUCGUGCUGAAGAACGCGCUGAAGCUGUGGGUGACGGAGAGGAGCAACGACUUCUUCCUCCUGCAGAGGAGGAGGGGCCACGGGGGCGCGAGCGGCACCUUCUCAGGUCUCCUGGUGGGGGCGCUGGACACGGUGCUGGACUCCAACGCCCGGGUCAGUCCCUUCCGCAUCCUGCUGCAGCUUCCCGGCUCCCAGAUCAGCUGGGUGAUCGCCAGCGGAGCCGCGGUGGAGGAGGUGAACAGGCACUGGGACUGGCUGGUCCACAACCUGCUCCACAGUCUGUCUGUGUUUGAGAACAAGGAGGACGUCGCCAGCUUCGUCAAAGGGAAAGUCAAGGGUCUGAUCGCAGAGGAGCUCCGGGGCCGGCAGGCCGCCCAGGAGGACGAUCCGGAGAAGUUCAGGGAGGCGCUGCUGAAGUUCGAGCUGCACUUCGGCCUCCCGUCCUCCGAGAAGCUGGUGACUCACUACUCCUGCUGCUGCUGGAAGGGCCGGGUGCCUCGGCAGGGCUUCCUCUACCUCAGCACCAACCACAUGGCCUUCUACUCCUUCCUGCUGGGGAAGGAAGUGAAGUUCGUGGUGCCGUGGGCGGAGGUGACCCGGCUGGAGCGGGUCUCCACCGGCAUGAUGACCGAGGCCAUCCGGGUCCACACGCGGCAGCGGCAGAGGGACUUCUCCAUGUUCCUGAACAUGGACGAGGCCUUCGGGGUCAUAGGUCAGCUGGCUGACAUCACCCUGCGGAGGCUGCUGGACAGCGAAGGCCUGGAGCUGGACCGGGUCCUGCAGCAGCCGGCGCACAUCACCAAGAGGGUCCUGGAGGAGCAGGCCCUCAGGGAGUACGUCCUGGCUCUGUUCCGCCUGCCGCACAGCGAGCGGCUGUACGAGGUGGCAUCCUGCUCGGUAUGGACCCCGCACGCCCGCUGCCACACGGCGGGGAGCCUCUACACCACCGACAGCUUCCUGUGCUUCUGCAGCCGAGAGGAGGGCGGCUGCCUGCUGCUCGUCCCGCUGUCUGAGGUCCUGGCCAUAGAGAAGGCGGAGAGCACCAGCUCGCUGCCCAACCCGCUCAUCGUCAGCCUGCGGACCAAGAAGGCCUUCCAGCUGAUCGAGCUGCAGGACCGAGACGAGCUGCUGGACAGUCUGAGCGCCAGGCUCCGGUCCGUGCAGUGGAGGCUGUCGGUGUUCCGCAGCAGGAAGGACGGCAAGAGGAGUGUGAGUUCUCCGACGCCGUACUACACCUUCUACUACGACGGCGGCCUGUCGGACGAGGACGAGAUCGAGGAGCAGGUCCUCCGAAACACCGUCAACAGCGAGGCUCUGAUGACGGCGUUCAACCAGAACCAGCCGGGCGGCGCCGGCAGCAAGGGCCUGGAGGCGGAGAAGGAGCGCCUGUGGGAGGACCACUUCUCGGAGUUCGGCCGAGGCGUCCACAUGUUCCGCACCGAGCGGCUGCAGCGCCUGGCGGCCAUGGGGCUGCCCGAGUCUCUGCGGGGGGAGCUCUGGAUGACGUUCUCCGGCGCCUCCUCCGAGCUGGAGGCCCACCAGGGGUAUUACUCCGGCCUGGUGCAGACGUCGAUGGGGCAGAUGAGCCUGGCCACGGACGAGAUCGAGCGGGACCUGCACCGCUCGCUGCCGGACCACCCGGCCUUCCAGAACCCCACCGGCAUCGCCGCGCUCAGGCGCGUCCUCACCGCCUACGCACACCGCAACCCCAAGAUCGGAUACUGCCAGUCCAUGAACAUCCUGGCCUCGGUGCUGCUGCUCUACGCUAAAGAAGAAGAAGCCUUCUGGCUGCUGGUGUCCGUCUGUGAGCGGAUGCUUCCCGAUUACUUCAACCGCAGAGUCAUAGGUGCUCAGGUGGACCAGUCGGUGUUUGAGGAGCUGAUCCGGGAGCGCCUGCCGGAGCUGGCGGAGCAGGUCCCGGACCUGUCCACGCUGUCCUCGGUGUCCCUGUCCUGGUUCCUGACGCUGUUCCUCAGCGUCCUGCCCUUCAGCAGCGCCGUGCGCGUGGUCGACUGCUUCUUCCUGCACGGCGUCCGCGCCAUCUUCCAGCUGGGACUGGCCGUGCUGGAGGCCAACGCCGCCGCGCUGGCGGCCAGCAGGGACGACGGCCAGGCGCUGCUGAUCCUCACCGGUUUUCUGGACCGGGUGGGAAUCGAGGACCCGCCCGGCCCCCCGACGCCCCCGCCGGCCGCCGAGGACCCCCCCGGCGGCGAGGCCGACCCCCCCGCCGGGCGCAUCGACAUCACCGCCCUCAUCAACGAGUCGUACCAGAAAUUCGGCGACCUGACGGUGCGUCAGAUCGAGCGGCUGCGCUGUCGACACCGGAUCCAGGUGCUGCAGGCUCACGAGGACACCAUCAAGGAGAACGCCUUGAGGCUGGUUACUCCGGACGUCUCCAUCUCUCCAGAGAACCUCUCCGACAUCUACGACCUCUUCAAGAUGGAGCACCUUAUCAGCCUGUACUGGGGAGACAGCAGCUCUGCGGCGGCGGCCGAAAAGGCGGCCUGGCGCCACACCAGCUCCUUCGUGGACCGGCAGUACCGGCUGGACCGGCCCCAGUUCAAGAGCCUGUACGGGCUGCUGGUGCCGUGGCCCGGGGCGUCGGACCAGCACACCGACACGCUGGCCAACAGGACCUUCACCCUGCUGGACCAGGACCGCAACCACCUGGUCACCUUCAGGGAGUUCGCCGGCUGGAUGGACACUCUGUACUGUGAAGACCUGAACCAGAAGAUCCGGCUGCUGUUCCGGCUCCACAUCCCUCCAGCUCUGACGGAGGGGGAGGACGACCCCUCCCUGAUGAAGAGCCCCCUGGUGUCCACCAGCAGGCCGCUCUACGUCAGCCUGCCUCCAGGUGAGGCUGAAGCUGAGGAGGAAGUGAAGGACUACCAGGAGCAGCUGAAGCAGAUGCUGCAGGAUCUGGCCAAGGAGAAGGAGCGAGACGUGGAGAAGCCGCUUCCCCUCAUGAACCAGCGGGAGUUCAUCCAGUUCUGCAAGACGCUCUACAGCCUGUUCCACGGCGACCCCGAGGAGAACGACCUCUUCCAGGCCAUCGCCACGGUAACCAGCCUCCUGCUGCAGAUGGGCGAGGCCAGCCACCGCGGCCGCGCCCCGGGGUCGGAGGUCGCAGACGACGGCGGCGGCGAGUGGACGGUGAGCUACUCUCAGAUCGUGGCGUCGCUGCUCACCGAGCAGGCGCUGGUCAACUUCUUCGAGACGCCGCCGGACCUGACGGCCAAGAUCUGCACGGCGAGGGAGAAGCAGUACCAGCAGAGAGCCGGGCUGCUGAGCCUGCAGCACGGCGGCAGCUGACCGGGGCCGGGAGGGGCCCGCAGGGGGCGCUCUGAGGGCCACCGGGGCCGGGAGGGGCCAGGAGGGGCCCGCAGGGGGCGCUCUGAGGGCCACUGGGGCCGGGAGGGGCCCGCAGGGGGCGC